UUUAAUUUUUAAUUCACAUAAAAUACUUUAGUAAGGGGUUUUUUAUGCGUGAUUAAAAUAUGAUGCACAAAUUAUAUUUUGAUCAGCGUUUAAUGGUCAGUUAUUUUUUUAAUGGGAAGUGUAAUCGAGAUUUGCAUGUGAAAAAGUCACCAGCACUUAGCUUAAUAGUAUGUCAACUAAACGAGGUACUAACUGAUAUUGUGUUGCAUGUUUUUACAACCCGCCAGCACGCAUGUGAUGGGGGUGGUGGUUGUAGACCACUAAUUGCCCGGCGUCACGACAAAUUAUUUUUUAAAGUUUAUGGAAAAAACCGAACGGCAAACUGUCUUCGCUUAAUGGUACUGAAAGCUGUUUUGUUCAAUAAGCCGAAAAGAAACCAUCUGUUGGAUGAGCUAGGUAUUUAAGGGCAGCAAGUCUUAGAAAGUAAGUCAGUAAAAGAGGUUCGACACAAUGUUAACCAUCCUAUGGAUUGUUCUUUUUUGGCGAUUCGGUCCCAGUCUGAGCCUGAUAGUUAUCAGGGGAAAUAAUCAUCAGUCGGACACAGAAGUCAGCAAAAUCAUGAGGACACUAGACGUGAUACCAGAUUUAAUUGAGAUCGGACCCCAGGAGUUUCUCAAUGUUACAUACCACGGUCAUGUGGCAGCACAUGGUGGAAAGUUACUAGAGCCCAUGCAAGUGCGCGACGAGCCCUCCUUAAAGUGGCCCACAGCACCGGAAAACUACUAUGCACUGCUGAUGGUGGAUCCGGAUGUGCCCAACGUCAUAACGCCCACCCAACGAGAGUUCCUGCACUGGAUGGUGUUAAACAUCCCCGGCAAUCGACUGGCCCUUGGCGAUGUACGCGUGGGAUACAUGGGAGCCACUCCGCUGGUGGGCAGCGGAACCCAUCGCUUCGUCUUCUUGCUCUACAAACAGAGGGACUACACCAAGUUUAAUUUCCCAAAACUGCCCAAGCACUCGAUUAAGGGGCGCAGUGGAUUCAACACUAAAGACUUUGCAAGGAAAUAUAAACUGGGCUAUCCAGUGGCUGGAAACUUCUUCACGGCCAGUUGGAGCGUCAAUGUCCCAGCACUUAUAAAAUCCAUCUCAAACGGUGCCCGCCAGGCAACACAUUCUCGAUUUAGAGGUUAAGUUACUGAUAAAAUAAGUUUUAAAUAAACUAGUUUAACAAA